GAUUGUUUUUUAGAUUUAAGCUUGCCCAAACUUGACCACCAAGAAGAAUGUUUCGUAGAUUUAUCAGAAUGUGAAAUUCUUUUAGGUUCAUUUUCCACACCAGAGGCGUUAGUAUCUAAACAUGUUGAAUCUAUAUUGAUAGAAGUUAAAGGUUCAGACAUCACUUCUUUAAAUCCAAAACUUAUGGAGUUAGAUAGAUCGAUGGAUGAACCUAAAGAGUCUGAUAUAGGAAAAUCUUUUGAUAUCAUAAGACGAAAAUCAUCCUUUGGUGGAACGGGAAGGGAAAAAUCUGCCAUGAAAUAUAAAGGAAAGUGGUAUGAUUUCGUUAAAUUAAUGAAACGUCGCUUGGACGGAAAUAGAAAAAUAAGAAACAUUAAUGAUUUUCAUAGUUUUCAAUUUAUGGAAGCCGUCGAGAAAAAAAGGGGAGAACCUGACACUGCAUAUGGUUUGUAUGCGCGAGAACAUCAAUUCGUCCACUCAAAUUUGAUUGUGCUCUCGUAUAAGGCGAUGUUAGUUUGUUUUUUCCGUUAUAAUUGGGUUUUAUAUUUCAAUAAGAAUAUCUUUUCAAAUGCUACCCACCGCCUUACUCGUUCAGCCUUCGAGGUAUGCAAACGUUCUUUCGGCACUCAUGCAAUGCUUACUCCAGCUGAACCGCGUAUCUUCGGUCAGCCAACUCCUGAAACACACCCUCAUUUGAUGAAACCGGGUGAAAUAACACCAGGUAUUACAGCUAUUGAGUACGAGCUACGAAGAGCAAAGUUAAUGGAUAGGCUAUCAGAAAAUAGCGUUGCGAUUUCAUUAGGAUAUCGCAUGCGAUAUAUGUCAAACAAAGUAUUUUAUCCAUUCCAUCAGAAUACAGACUUUUUUUAUUUAUGUGGCUUCAAUGAACCGGACUCUGCUAUAGUUCUAGAAAAAAAUAAUUCUCGUCGAGGUUACAAAAUGACAAUGUUUGUUCCUCCAAAAAAUCGUUGCCUUGAAAUGUGGGAAGGUCCUAGAACGGGUGUUAUGGGUGCAAUAGAUUUCUUUGGUGCAGAUGAGGCAAGAAUAUUCAAUUCGAAGAUCAAAGAGAUAAUUAAAAAUUAUAAAGAUAUCUAUAUUGAUCUCCCUCCACGUACCAAUAUUCUCUCAACUGACAAUCUUCAAAAAAGUAUAGGUCGAAAUUAUGUAAAACCAUUGAGUCGAAUCAUUCAGGAGUUAAGGCUGAUCAAGAGCGACGCUGAAAUAGCGUUAAUGAGAAAAAGCGGUGAAAUUACCGGCAAAGCAUUUAUUCAAACGAUGAAAUUUACAAAACCCGGAUUAUCAGAACACGAUUUAUAUGCUAAAAUAGACUUUGAAUGUCGCAUUCGAGGUGCACAGUUUCUCGCUUAUGUUCCUGUAGUAGCUGGAGGGAUUAAUGCAUUAACAAUGCAUUAUGUGAGAAAUGAUAUGCCAUUACGGGAUGGUGAUCUUGUUUUAAUGGAUGCAGGUGGUGAAUACUGUGGUUAUGCAAGUGACGUUACUAGAACUUGGCCUGUAAAUGGAAAUUUUACAGAACCUCAAAAAGAGUUAUAUGAAGCAGUUUUGAACGUGAACAGGAGUUGUAUCAAGGUACAUUAUAAUAAAGCCGAAGAUAUAUCAUUGAAUGAAAUACAUGAAAUUUCUGUCGAGUUCAUGAAAGAAGAAUUAUCAAAUAUUGGGUUUGACCUUUCUGAAGGGGAUAUUGAUCGCGUUUUAUACCCUCAUCAUGUCGGUCAUUAUCUUGGACUAGAUGUUCACGAUACUCAUUAUAUUGAUCGUUCACGAAGAUUGUUGCGUGGAAUGGUUAUAACUAUUGAGCCUGGUAUAUAUAUUCCACCUAAUGAUGCAUAUCCCCCAAAAUACCACGGUAUAGGGAUACGUAUUGAAGAUAAUGUUGUAGUUGGAGCUACAGAUCCUAUUGUAUUAAGUUCAACGGCACCCAAAGAGAUCGUUGAUAUUGAAUUUUGUAUGUCUAAUUCAUGA